UGUCAGGCUCACGUGCUCAUUCCCUUCCUGAUCAGCGUCUGCGUACAGUGUCUUGUUUUUAUUUCUGAAACGUCGUCCAUAAGGGAGUAUUUAAAAUGGGAGCUAGGGAUGACGAGUACGACUACUUAUUUAAAGUGGUGUUGAUUGGCGACUCAGGGGUGGGGAAGAGUAACCUUUUGUCACGAUUCACAAGAAAUGAGUUUAACCUGGAGAGCAAGAGCACAAUUGGAGUGGAAUUUGCCACCAGGAGCAUUCAGGUGGAUGGCAAGACGAUAAAGGCCCAGAUCUGGGACACAGCGGGACAGGAGCGCUACAGAGCCAUCACUUCAGCGUAUUACCGAGGGGCAGUGGGGGCUCUUCUAGUGUAUGACAUUGCCAAGCACCUAACAUAUGAAAAUGUAGAGCGUUGGCUGAAGGAGCUCAGGGACCACGCCGACAACAAUAUUGUCAUAAUGUUAGUAGGAAACAAAAGUGAUCUGCGCCACCUCAGAGCUGUGCCCACAGAUGAGGCCCGAGCCUUCUCAGAAAAGAAUACACUCUCAUUUAUUGAAACUUCAGCAUUGGACUCAACAAAUGUUGAAGAAGCUUUCAAGAACAUACUCACAGAGAUUUACCGUAUUGUGUCCCAGAAACAGAUUUCUGAUCGAUCUGGACACGACGACUCUCCUGGAAAUAACGUUGUGGAUAUAAAUGUUCCAUCCACGACAGAUGGACAGCGAGGCAACAAACUGCCCUGCUGCCAGAGCGCCUGACACCUCUUUGUUCCUUACACACCUUUUAUUAUUACCUCUGCAUUCUGUCGAGCAUCCAGCUGCUGUCACAAUCAAACACCAGAAACACGUGGCUGUAGUCUCACAUUCCUCAUGCUGGGUUCCUCUUUGAUCAGUCUCUGUCUUCCUCUGGUUUUGAAUGUGUUUGAAUUUCUUGGAGGCACACAAGCCUAUUUGGAGUCAAAUCUGAGGCUGCAGUGAGUUUUUGUGUGAUGAUUCUAUUGACCCACUCUCAUUGAAGAGUGGAGAGGGAUCACUAAGCUUAUUGUGCUCUGAGUGAUCUGUCAUCAACAGUAACACAGACCCAAUCUGCCUUUUGCAUCAGGGUUAAAGACUCUAGUGUUAAGAAUUACAUCAGAUUUUUCUGAUUGCCUAUUUUUCUCCUGCACUGCGCCUGUUGUGGCAUGACCCAGAGUCUGGGCUGGUAGUGUCUAACUCCAAAAUGGGUAGGUGUACAAUGUAAACUUUCUGUGUGCAUCUUUGUGUUUAAUUCUAGUACACCAAAGCAAGUCUCAUCAGUGUCUUUUUCAGGUCUGAUAAGACAGUAAAUUAUAACUGUUGAAAGCAAUAAAUUAAAUACUAGUCACUUAGAAUAAAUGUCUAUCAAUAUAGCUUUUUGAAGCCAGUCUAUUGCACUUGCGUCCUCUUAUUUCAGCGAAACAAAUCAUUGCUUUGUGCAUAUUUUUGUCUGCUCUCAAGGGAAACGUGGUUGCACUCUUGAAGUUUGGGUUCUGUCUGUGGACCAUGCGAAAGAUGUAAUUAAAGGCUUUAUUUGCAAUUUGACACUACAAAUAAUAAAUUCACAUUGUUGAA